AUGUUCACUGCAUGCUUCGGAACUGCGCUAUCUUCCAACAGCUCUGACAAUACGGAAAUAGAUGCCAACUACCACGAUUUGGUCGAUGGAUUCGAGAAAAUGAAUUUGAAACCGGAGCUGCUCCGAGGAAUUUACAGCUACGGUUACGAACGUCCAUCCGCCAUCCAGCAACGAGCCAUCAAACCCAGCAUCGAAGGCCAUGACGUCAUUGCACAAGCCCAGUCGGGUACUGGCAAGACAGCAACAUUCGCAAUCAGUUUGCUCCAACGAGCUGACCUUUCUUCCCCGUGUUGUCAAGGUCUUAUUCUAGCCCCUACCCGUGAAUUGGCACGUCAAAUCAAAUUGGUUGUACAAGGUAUAGGAGCUUUCCUUGGUGUUCGAUGCUACACAUGUAUUGGUGGUACGAGCACCGCUGAGGAUAUACGCAAUUUGCAGGAGGGGCAGCACGUCGUAGUCGGUACUCCCGGUAGAGUGUAUGACAUGAUGAAUCGAGGUGCUUUGGCUACGACACACAUCAAAAUGUUCGUAUUGGAUGAGGCGGACGAAAUGCUCUCUCGUGGGUUCGCUGACCAGAUCAAAGAGAUAUAUCGGUUUUUGCCAGAAACCGCACAAAUCAUGCUGUUAUCCGCUACCAUGCCCAAAGAUAUGCUCGAAGUGACCCGGCGAAUCAUGAAGGAACCAGUCCAAAUUUUGGUGAAGAAGGAAGAAUUGACCUUGGAUGGUAUCAAACAAUUCUUUAUCAACGUAGCUGAGGAACAAUAUAAAUUGGAUACCCUAAUGGAUUUAUAUGGGAUCAUGAAUUUGAAUCAAGUGGUUAUAUUCGUGAACACCGUUCGGAAAGCAGAGGCUUUGUACAAUGAAUUGUGUAAUCGAAAAUUCCAAGUAUCCUGUAUGAACAGUGAUAUGGACCAGGAAGAACGAGAUCGUGUCAUGAGCGAGUACCGUAGUGGUCGCUCUCGUAUUCUGUUAUCUACGGAUGUGUUAGCUCGUGGUAUCGAUGUACAACAAGUAUCACUCGUUAUCAACUAUGACCUGCCUAGCAACCGAGAAACAUACAUUCAUCGAAUCGGUCGAGGUGGUCGGUUCGGUCGUAAAGGUGUGGCGAUCAACUUCGUGACCAACACCGAAAUGGAGGCGUUGGCAGAUUUGAUGAGAUAUUAUGACACGGAGAUUGUGGAAAUGCCAAGCGAGAUCGCCGAUCUCAUGUAA